CGCGCAUGACCAUUGGUCGGGAAUAUACCAUUGAUGAUUUUCUGUACUUCUUGCGGCAGUCAGUUAUCCUUCGUCUUUUGGUCUGUUCGUAGAAUAUAUGCACGAUCACUGCAGCGUUUUUGUUUAGUAGUUAUUUAAAUUAUUGAAAAUAUGCCGAAACUCGCCGCAACAAUGUUGUCCGAUAUGGAUGAGUUACCCACCGUACAGUUGGGAGACUUCAAGCUCGAAUUCGAAUUGGGAGAGCCCUCACCGAAGGUACAAGAAAUUGCACGCAAAGAACUUAGGGAAACGCCUGAUGUAGUUAAAGAGGCAAUUCCAGCUCUCAGAGAUCUUCUCAAAGAGGAAAAAGACUUGCACGUACCAUUAGAUAAUGAACUAUGGAUGAUAAGAUUUCUCAGGCCUACGAAAUUUUACCCCGAAAGUGCCAGAGAUUUAAUUAAAAGAUACUACGAUUUUAAAAGGAAACAUUCUGCCCUUUAUGAUGGCUUAUUGCCCAGCAAAGAAAAAAACGUUUUCCAGCAAGAUGUUCUCACGGUACAACCUAACAGAGACCAGUUUGGUAGAAGAAUUUUAGUAAUUGAAUUGGGAAAAAAAUGGAAAACUAAUGAAUUGACUCUUGAUGAGGUAUUUAAAGGUUGUGUGCUGUUUGUUGAAGCAGCCAUGUUAGAACCAGAAACUGAAAUAUGCGGUGCUGUAGUUAUAUUUGAUAUGGACGGUUUAAGUUUAUCACAAACAACAAAAUUCACUCCUGCUUUUGCCAAAAGAAUUGUUGACUGGUUGCAGGACAGUGUUCCAGUGAGGGUGAAAAAUAUUCAUAUUGUAAAUCAGCCAUACAUAUUUAAAAUUGUGUUCGCCUUAUUCAAACCGUUCUUAAGGGAGAAACUUAGAAGUCGCAUUAUUUUCCAUGGCAGUGACAGAAAAUCUCUGCAUCAAUAUAUGGAUCCCUCAUGCCUUCCUUCCUGUUAUGGGGGUACUUUAGAUUUACCCAGAGUAACUGGACCGCAAUGGUUGGAAAUGUUAGAGAAAUGUGAUAAAGAGUUUAAAGCAAUCAAUUCGUUUGGGUAUAAUAAGAAGAUAGAAUCAUAGGUAUCAUAAGUGCCAACUACUCCAUUUUAAAAAUUAAAGGUAUAUUUUAUAAUAUUUAUUAUAUUUAAGUCAAUUUGUUAUAAGCAUCACACUUCGUAUUGGUUAAAUCAUUAUAUCUUAUUGUUACAUGUAUAUGAAAUAAAUAAUAUUUUUAUGA